AAGUCUUUGUUACGGCGCUACAACGAAGCUUUUAUCGGAGAGGCUUCUAGUAGGAGUAUCGAUCUGAGAAAUAUCAGGAAUGACAAAGAAAGCGAUGAAUGCAGAUAAAAAUGAGCGAAAACACAGUGUGCCUAAAAUACGCCAUGAGGUUUCAAACGACGUCAAAACAGACCACGAGGAGCGAACAGUUGCAGACAAAAACCAAAGAAAAAUACAAAUACUGGCAUCGGAACAGGGUAGUCAUAGCUCUUCCAUAUUAACACCAACAGCACAUCAUGGACGAUCAAGCUCAUUCCGUAGCCGACCCAGACCGAAACUGUUAAACGUUGACGGUGACCGACCAAGACGAAGCAGUUUACCAUCACCUUCGGCGAACCUUCUCUCUGUAUCUUUUGGCAAUAUUCCGAAACACAAGGAAACAUCUGACGAACAGCCAUUGCAAAGAGUAAGGUCAUUUAAAACCACAUCGAAAGGGGGCAUUGUUAACAGAGGGGACUCUUUUAAACGGAGCUCUAAUAGUAUUAACUCAACCGGGAGCGCAAUGCAUAGCGAGCAUGGGGGAACUAGAUCACAUAACAACAGCAGACAACGAAUUAACAGCACGCAAUCCCGAGACAGUGAUACCGCGGACAGUACGGGAUCUUCUAUGGAUACAGUUAUUCAUAAAGUUGCCAUGCUUGGAGACAAAGGAGUCGGAAUAACGUCUUUGACCAAUCAGUUUAUGACAUCGGAGUUUGUUGCAUUUGAAACAGAGAACGAUGACGAUGAAACAGAUCGUCACGUGACGGUUCUAUUAAACUCCGAAGAGACAACACUAAACAUUGUUAACCGACCAAUUAAUUUACAAGAGAUGUCCAGCCAAUCGUUUGACGCAUUUGCAGUUGUUUAUUCGAUCACAGAUAGGGCGAGUUAUCAGGCGGCUGUUGAUAUUUUGUACCUCAUACGACAUCAACUUGCAAUUCAAGACAAACCUACUGUUCUAAUCGCAAACAAAAUCGACCUUGUGAGAAAAAGAAAAGUCACGAGAGAAGAAGGAAGAUCCGUAGCCAAGCAGUACACCUGUAAAUACUGUGAAACAUCAGCUGCUCUAAAUCACCACGUAGAUGAACUCCUGGUUGGAAUACUGAGUCAAAUCCGCCUAUACAAGACCCCGGGACUACAAAUGGAUCCGCCUAGCUUUGAUGCUAGGCCAAGCCAAAACAAGGUUGCCAAAUGUUCCAUGCCUGGACCAAAACGCUUGCUUAAUUUCAUAUUUCGUAAAAAGACAAUGCAACCCUCUUGCCAUGAAUGUGAAAAUCUAUUUACAUUAUAGUUCAUUGUCUUUAACACAGUGUUUCGAAAUAUUCUACGUUUUGAUACUUAUUUUAACUAUUUUCUCUACAAAUUGGUGCUUGUGAAGAUGAAAACUGCAUACUGUUCAUACUAAAAUAAAAUUUAUGUUUAAUAAAUUAUGUUAAAUUAUUUCUUAUAUAUACUUUUUUCACGGCUUGCAUGAUAUUGAU